ACUGGUCUCUCCCUGAGCUUCUCUUCAUCACCGAGUCUUCAUCUAUCAUUCUCAGGGUCAUUUGCCAUCCGACAAUUUUUUUUCGAAUUUGGGGUGAGUCUUGGAUUUGACUUUCUGAAUUUCUCCAUAUACGACGGAGUUGUUGGCUCGCUGAAUUUGCAGCCUGUAAGGGAAACUAGGGAGAAGCAGAUACAGCUAUGGAAGGAGCUCAUAAUUGAUUUCUGUCGAACCCAAAAGGUCUUUGUAAUUGGGCUGGAGGAAGACUUUCCAUUGUUCAGUAAUCCUGCUAUUGAAAGUGAGUGCUUCUUCUUAUUAGUGUUUUAUAUGUCUGAUGUUCAGCUUAGGAGCUGCGUUAUAUAUAUUACCCUAACUAUUGCUUUCGCUAAAAUGAACUCAAGGUGCCUAGAAAUUCAUAACGCUAGUGAUCUAGAACAUCAGUGGAACGUAAAAUAUCAAUUUAUGUGAAGUUUAAGAUAUUAA